AUGGCCGAGAGGGAUUUGUACGAGAUUCUGGGGGUGCCCAAGAACACCUCCUUGUCGGACAUCAAGAGGGCGCACCACAGGCUCGCGAGGCAGUAUCAUCCUGACAGGGAGGGAGGGAACGAUGAGAAGUUCAAGGAGGUGCAGACAGCCUACGAAAUCCUCUCUGAUUCAGAGAAGAGAGAGAUGUACGACAGAUACGGCAUGGACGGAGUCCGAGAGAGUGGUGGAGGAGGGAUGGGUCCCAUGUCAGACAUGUUUCCCAGCGGGCUGUUUUCGCAAUUCUUUGGUGGCGAUUCCUUUGGUGGUUUUGGAGGAGGUCGCAGACGAAGGCCUCGAGCAGAGACCAUUGGCAUUCCUCUAGAUGUAACACUUGAAGAUGUUUAUUCUGGUGCCACCAAACACGUAGAGUAUAAGAGAAAGGUCCUCUGCAAGACAUGUAGUGGGACUGGUGGAAAGCAUGGAACAGUAGUCCGCUGUCGUAACUGCAAGGGCUCUGGGAUCCAAGUCUCCCACAGACCCAUAGGUCCAGGUAUGGUCCAGCAAAUCCAGUCAAUGUGUGGAGACUGUGGGGGUACGGGGGACUUCAUUCGAGAGAAGGAUCGCUGCAAGAAGUGCAAGGGAAAACGCGUCAUCGAAAUUGACGAAAAAUUAGAGGUGAUAGUGUCUCCAGGGAUGAGUCAUAAUCAGAAGAUACCGUUCAGAGGAAAGGCAGACGAAAUUCCCGACGGAGAUGCUGGCGACCUCAUCGUAAUCCUCCAGGAACAAGACCACGCCCUCUUCAAACGAGUUGGGAUCGAUCUGAUGAUGGAGAAGACAAUCACACUGAACGAGGCGCUGUGUGGCUGCGAAUUUGUCGUGAAACAUCUUGACGGGCAGCAGCUGCUUGUCAAGACCAAUCCUGGCGAGGCCAUCGCUCCUGACACAAUGAAGGGGGUGAGGGAGUGGGGGAUGCCCUCAGAGAGACACACAACAAACAAGGGCAACCUGUACAUCAAGUUCACCGUUCAGUUUCCACAAUCGGGCUUCCUUCCUUCAGACGAAGAAAGGAAGAAACUGGAAGAGCUUCUUCCUCGAAAGCGCCAAUCUGAGGAGCUGUUGGAGGAGGCAGAGGAGGUGGACAUGAUCGAUUUCGAGGGAACUAAGGGAGAGGAUGGAGGGCUGGGAGGAGAGGACAGCUCUGAUGAAGAAGAUUCAGGACGCCGUGGAGGUCAUCACAAUCAUGUCGGCUGUAGCCAGCAGUAGCCCCCUGCCUUAGCCACAGAGCUGUCAAAGCCAGCCUCCUCUACUACACGUCUCUUUCACUAGCAGCAUGUUAUAAUGUGUACCUCUAUUGUGAGUUGUGUCUACAAACCAGCAAGACUAUAAUUGCUAAUGAUCAUGGUUGAUUUCUUUUUGAAAAUGAAAGUUCGUGUUACAACACACAGCGUGCACUAUAUAGCUACGUGUGUAUAUAUCCCAGC